AUGGACGACAUCAGCUUCGCAGCCCAAUGCCUGCUGGAGAUGUCCCACAGCAAAGACCACCUCACCAGGCCCCUGGAUCUUUCUAGGACCCUCAAACUACCCCCGAAGGGUGCCGCAGUCAUCGUUGAAAAAAUGCCCACUGUAGACAAAGAGCCCACAGCAGAGUCCUCCUCCUACAUGGUCGCCAGGAUCCUCACCGACCUCACCAGGAUCAAGCAGGAGCCAGUGCCCGAGGUCCUCACCUCAGACAGUGAGGGCAACCUCACCAUAGACGAGGAAGCUGACGAGGGUUACAAGAGUCAGAAUGGCACCCCUGAAAAACCUGCGGUGGUGGUGAAGAAUAGGAAGGUGGAGAUUGCCCCACCCCUGAAGAAACCUGGGGUGCCCAGGUUGGGGAUGCUUCAGCAGCAGAGGAAGACUCACAAGUGUUCGUAUGAGGGAUGCCACAAGGUUUACGGGAAGAGUUCCCAUUUGAAGGCGCAUCUUCGUACUCACACAGGUUGGUAG